CCGGUAUUCGCCGCACUGCUGAAAAAUCCCACUUUUUUCACGGUACAGAAAGUGCACUUGAUGUUAAAGGAUCACUGGCGCGCUUAACAGUGUGGAUGCACAUUGUCGAAAACCAUCAGAUGCACGUUCGUUAAUAGAUUAACACCAGUUCCACGUGCCCGGGACAUGCAGGAAGCUAGCUGGAAGUAGACUAGCAAGUAUCUAAUUCACACCGCAUUUACACGUAGCUAAGUGUAGACUAAGCACGGAUCCAUCACGGGAAGGGGAAGUUUCAGUUUCAGUAGGACUUACACUACUGACUAACUACUAAUAGAAGCCGUCUCACUUCCAUUUCGCAUCUACUACAAUAUGGAGGUUGUUAAACUGGCCGUAGACAUUCUGCAGAUUGCGAAGAAAAUAUUUGAUGUUGUUGAAGAAGUACAACACUUCAAGAAUCGCAGCAGACGCCUUAAACAUCGUAUCGAAAAUUUAACCCCGGCCAUUGAAAAAUUGGCGAGCAGCGAACAAGCGGUGCCCGAAAACGCGCGAACACCCGAUGGCCUCAAGCUGUUCAGUAAGUCCCUGGGUCAGGUGCUGCAACUUUUGAUCAAAAUCCGUGAUUUCAUCAAGUCGCUGGACAAGUGGACCUUCAUCAACAAGCUGCUGUACAAAGAUCGGAUCGGUAACCAAUUUGACGAGUACAAUGAUCAGCUGGACUGUUUGGCCCAGGCCAUCCACUUCAGCCUGGCCGUGGAGAACAGAGAGAUUAUGUAUCAAUUCAAGAAUGACAAAACGGAUCAAGAUAAAGAUGAAAGUGACCUGAUCGGGGAGUUUCAAAAAGGAAAAGAGCAAAUAUUGGAGCAAGUUGCAAGGAUCGCUCAAGGACAAGAGGAAGUGAUGAAAGAGCUCCACAAAAUAAUAGCUCAGCGGCCAGCGUUACCAACUGUGUUUCCCACAAGGCAGCUGAUGACCACCAGUGACGAGGACCAAAGAAUCAAGGCAGAACUCCGAGAAAUUGACCCCGAACAAUUGGAGAGCAUGUCCGUCAUGUGCACAAGCCGCUUUGGAAAAAUAUACAAGGCAACUUACAAGCAAGAAACGGUGGCCGUGAAAUCCUUUUCUGUCAGCAUUGACGACAGUGUGAAGAAAGUUUUGCUCAGAGAGGCGAAGAAUCUCCUGUACCUGAACUCCUCGUACAUUGUUCGCCUCUGGGGUGUGUGCACCAGGACAGACCGUUGUCUGCUCGUCUUUGAGUACAUGGAGAAGGGGAACCUACGAGACGUUCUGGAUGAACACGGCAGGGACUGGACGGAGCUCCCCUGGGCAAGACGCAUCCAGAUGGCCCUGGACGGUGCCCUCGGGCUCUACCGCAUGCACAACAGCGAGCCACGGCCCCUGAUGCAUCAGGACCUGGCCAGCGAUGUGUUCCUGGUCAACGCAAGCUGGGGAGUAAAGCUCUCAGAUGUUGGGUUUGCCGAAACCCGCACAACAAUUGAGAAGCACUCCAAGCCACUGCGCACCAACAGGACAACGCUGAACUACAUCAGUCCGGAACGACUCGCCAACAUCAACUUGAGGCCAACGGCACACACUGACAUCUACAGUUACGGCAUUGUGAUGUGGGAAAUUGCAACAGGAUCAAGGCCGUAUGAAGGGUACACUGAUCAACAAAUCGAGGACUUUGUACUGGAAAAGAAAGAUAAGCUGGCACUACCCGACGACUGUCUCGAUGGUUUCAAGGCAUUGAUUGACCAGUGCAGAAGUGUUGAUCCCUUGACUAGGCCAACAUCAGGAGAAAUUGUGGCCAAACUCCAGGAACUUCGAGCUUCCUUGGAACAGACAUGGUGCUAGUGAGUCCCCCACCCCAGGCAACAGAGACCGACGUUUACAGGGUCAACCAACAAUCCACGUCAGUCACUGCUGAAGUGCUAUGGUGUUGAUAAGGGAGAGGCUGAAAUAAUAGUGAAGCUGUUUCUGCUUAGAGGAUGGUAACUUUCGUAUCAACUGUAAUUACAUGACAUUGAAGACUGCAUAAAGUAUAAUUAAAUUUAUCAUUAAUAUUAAUGAUGAAGUGGUCCAUGCAGUUGUGUAUGUCUGUACUCUUUUUCAGUGUAUGAAGACUGUAUUGCAUCUUUUUUGAAAUUACUUGAACUGAAAAGUGCACUUUUCAAACAUAUCAAAAUUGACCAACCGUUUCCAAACAAGUUUGGGCACUUUUGCCUAGAUGUAAAUCCAGGAAGACACUUCUCAAAUUGCACGUUUUCAUGUUGAAGUUACGGACUCCAAAUUUGCUAUUUGAAAAUAUUUCUGAGAAAAGGUACUUGUUGGCUUCAUUGCCACAUACUUAACAAUAAAAUGUCAAAGGAAAUUAAAUAUACGAUAGCAGUGUUUAAAAAAAUCUGGAAAUUCUUUGUGCACAAAUCAGAGCAAAAUUGAGGUUCAGUGCCUUGGAUGACAUCAUAGUUGUGCUCAUGGAUAUAAAAAUGUGCAUUAGCAUUAAAACCAGAACAGCUUCAAAACAUGGGUAAAAAUAGUAGAAUAAUACUUUUAAUCAUUUUAAUUGAAACCCAAGGGUGCAGUUUGAGGAUUUUUUAGUAGAAUUUAGUAAAAUAUUUCCAUAACACGGUCCCUUUAAGAAUCUGUGUGUAGUCAGAAAAUGUAACCCUAUCAGAUCCGGGAUAGAACGUACUUAACGAACUUUAAACCAGCACCUCAAAUAAGAGCUUUAGUUAUUACGGAUAAGCUAAAUACACCGGCACAUAGCUUAGAGGAUUAGCCUAAAUCUUGAUUAAACUAAUUUCAUUUUACUUACAUUUCGUGUAAUAUGUAUUACUUACAUUUUUGUGCUUUAUUAUAAAUGUUUAAAGCUCUCUGUAUCAGUGCUAUAAUGUUUAAAUUUGUAGAACUUUAUUUUAGAAUCAAAGUUAUGCGGCAUUUUGGCAGCAUACUUUUUGGGCUUUCUAGGGGUCCUCCACCUUUGCAAUAUAUUAAUUAGUUCUGUCAGUGGAAUACAUGUUAUGCAUUAACCAAAGCUCUUUCUCCUGUUUCUCUACCUACAUUAUUUUGACGGCGCAGUAGAAUUUUUGGGGAAAUGCAGAAUUUGAAAUAUAAAAAAAAUAUAAAAAUGUGCCUGUAUCAGUUUGAACGUGGUGCAAAAAGUUCAACGGACUUACUUAUGCAAUUAAGCCCUGUACACUUCUGUUUAAACAAAUACCCCUUGACUUUCUUCGCUGUCGAUUGUAUGAUACUCAUGGACAUCUUCCCUUUUGCUUACCAACGGGGUAUGAAUUUAUUAAUUGUGUUUUAAGUAAUGUGCUUUUGGAAGUAAGUCCUGUGGAACACGACAAUAAUCUCUCCAAAGUUUUUAUUUAUUUUUCCUAAAAUAUGGUGACAGAUGUAGAUUUCAAUCAUGUCACGUUGUAACUUGAUCAGAAAAAAAAUAAACUGUCCAUUAACUUA